GCUCGUCGCUGAUUGGCUGAGAGAGGCGAGGGCGGGAAAGAGGGAGGGGGCCCCGCCCGUUCGCUGAGGGGAGCGGUGUCAUGGCGGACACCCGGCCCGCAGGCGAUGCCGUCGGUGAUGGAGAAGCCCUCGGGGAUCCUGUCCCGCAGCCGGGCGAAGUCGGUGGCCGCCGGCGGUGGCCCCCCCCCCUCCGAGGACGAGGGCAGCGAGGACGAGCACGCCCACGCAUGAUCCGGGUGGGGGCCGACUACCAGGCGGUGAUUCCUGACUGCAAACCAGAGAGCCCUGCCCGCUACAGCAACAAGGAGCUGAAGGGGAUGCUGGUCUGGGCCCCCAACCACUGCGUCUCCGACGCCAAACUGGACAAAUACAUCGCCAUGGCAAAGGACAAGCACGGCUACAACAUCGAGCAGGCUCUGGGGAUGCUGCUGUGGCACAAGCACGACGUGGAGAAGUCCUUGGCCGACCUGGCCAACUUCACGCCCUUCCCGGACGAGUGGACGGUGGAGGACAAGGUUCUUUUCGAACAGGCCUUCAGCUUCCACGGCAAGAGCUUCGCCCGCAUCCAACAAAUGCUCCCCGACAAGCUGAUCCCCAGCCUCGUUAAAUAUUAUUACUCCUGGAAAAAAACCCGCACCCGAACCAGCGUCAUGGACCGGCAGGCGCGACGCCUCCUGGGCCGCAAAGAACGCGACGACAGCAACGACGAGACUGAUGACCAUCGCCCUGCUAACGAGGGGGAGACGGAGCCACAGGACCCCAAAAAAGAGCCUUUUUACCCCAAAACUGCCGCGCGGAAAGAAGCGCAAUAUCGUCACCACCCCCCAGCCCGGCAUCGCCGCCGCCCCCCCCGGGGGAUGCACCUCAGCCGGGAGGACGUCGCCGGUGUCACCGCCAACCCCGACCUGGGGGCUCUGGCUCUGCGGCAGCUGGAUUGUCAGCUGGUAUCCCUCAAACGGCAGGUGCAACGGAUCAAGCAGAUCAAUAGCGGUCUGAAGCAGGCACUGGAGGGUGGUGUGGAGGGGCUGCGGCCACCUGAGGGCAAUGGCAAAUUCAGCUCUCGCUGGACGACGGAUGAGCAGCUCCUGGUGGUGCAGGCCUUGCGGCGCUAUGGCCGUGACUUCCCGGCAGUGGCGGGGGUGCUGGGGAACAAGACGGCGGCGCAGGUGAAGAGCUUCGUGCUGGGCGCCCGCCGCCGCUUUGGCCUCGACCGGCUGCUGCGGGAACGGGAGGCUCAGAGGGGGGGGGGAUCCCCCCGCGCCCCCCUCCGGGGAGGGGCAGGAGGAGGAGGAGGAGGAAGAGGUGAGUGGGGGGGACUGGGUUAGGGACUGGGCCCAGUUCUGAGACCAGACUGGGCCCAGUCCCAGCCCUUAUCCCGGUCCAGGUCCUGGUCCCCAUCCCAGUCCUGGUUCCAGUCCUCAUUCAGGAACUGGUCCCAGUCUCAGCCCUGCUCUCAGUCCUGGUCCCAGUUCUCGUCCUGAGCCAGGCACUGGUCCCAGUCCUGAUGGGCAGCCUGGUCCCAGUCCCAGUCCCAGUUUGUGUCCUGGUCCCAGUGUUGGAGCCUGGUCCCUGU